AUGGCCGACCAAACUCUAGCGCCUUACAAGGCGGACUUUCUCAAGGCAUCCAUUGAUGGCGGGGUACUCAAAUUCGGCACUUUUGAGCUCAAGUCGAAGCGCAUAAGCCCAUACUUCUUCAACGCCGGCAACUUCCACCGCGGCUCUCUCUCCGUCUCAAUCGCAAACGCAUACGCCAAGGCCAUAAUAGAGGCUCGCGAGCAGACCGGGCUUCACUUUGACAUACUCUUCGGCCCUGCCUACAAGGGGAUCCCCCUGGCCACGGGGACGCUCAACAGGCUCUGCGAGCUGGACCCGGCGCACUACGCCGACGUGAGCUGGUCUUUCGACCGCAAGGAGGCCAAGGACCACGGCGAGGGCGGCAACAUUGUCGGUGCGGCGCUCAAGGGCAAGAAGGUCCUGAUCGUCGACGACGUGAUCAGCGCGGGCACGGCCAAGCGCGAGGCCAUCGCCAAGAUCCGCCAGGAGGGCGGCGAGGUCGUCGGCAUCGUUGUCGCCGUCGACCGCAUGGAGAAGCUGCCGUCGCCCGACGGAGACGACAGCAAGCCCAUGCCCAGCGCCCUCGGUGCCCUGAAGAAGGAGUACGGCCUGCCCAUCAUUGCCAUCCUUACCCUCGACGACAUCAUUGCUGGUAUGAAGAGCUUUGCUACGGAGGACGACAUCCGGAGAACUGAGGAGUACAGGAGUAAAUACAAGGCGUCGGACUGA